AUGUCUACAGCAUACGCAGAAUCAUCAUCAAAGAUCAAACCAUCACAAGAAACACAAUUGAACGAAGACACCACAGUACCGACAUCUUCAGGCAGCACCUCCACCGAUUUCCAUACAAUAGAAGAUAUAGAACUCCUUGGAGGCACAGUCACAAUCACCCCUCUGAAUGAACAAGGAGAAGUCCCAGCCGAUGUGGAUGCAAUUAGCGAAAUUAAUGAUCUUACUGUCUUACGUGAACAAUUAUCUUCUGAUGAAGUUGUGACUGGUUCAGGUAUACUCAAUGUUGAAAAAUUAAUAAAUGAAUCUCGUCUUGUUCAAGAUGAGGAUGAGGAUGAUUAUAGUGAUUAUGAAUCCGAAGUACAUGAGACUACUGUUAUGACGAUUGAUGUUUGGGAAAUACUAAAGAAGGGGGCUAUUAAUUUGGUGUUGCCAUUUAUUAAUGGGAUGAUGUUGGGAUUUGGUGAGAUAUUGGCUCAUGAAAUUGGAUUUAAGUAUAAUUGGUCAGGUGCUAAGGUUGAACCUCCAAGAAGAAUAGAACAAAGAAGAAGAGAACCUUCUAAGUUUUUGUAA